CUCUCUCUCGAUCCACCCAGUUCUCAAGGAUCAGGGGAGGGGUCGGCAGUCUGACAGUCUCAUGGCCCUCGGUGGCUGCAAUCGACGGGGAUGAUGGUUCUGGAGCUUGAGCUGCUGUAGAUGGCUGAUGCGCUCGAUUGCCUCCUGCUCGCCCUCUGCCCUUCUGGGCGCGCCCCCUGCCGCCCCUAGCCCUCUGUCCGCGGGGUCGCCAGACUCCCCUCCCUCUUCUGCCUCCUCUCCCUCGUGCUCGUCCAGCAGCUGACACCGGCGUCAUCGACUUGAUACGACUCGAAAGACGGAACUGCAUGGACAAUUCAAGCAAUAGUGCUGACCAAAGAUCUCCUUCUCAAGUGCAUGUUACCUGAGGCAGCCGCUGGUGCCGCUGCUGGUGCAUCCACUGAGCUGCUGCCUGCAGGAGAUCCCACACGAGGCUCUGCAGAUGCAAAAUGACACUCAUUGUGAACAGGUACGCAAGCAAAGGAUGGGCUGAGUUUCGUUGCCUACCUGCUUCUGCCAGAUCAGCCAUCGAUGCACCUCAUUCUGCACACGCAGCAGCCCGGUUUCCGGAG